UUUCUGUUUUGUCAAGUGCUCGCCUUUCGAGAAAUCAAUUUUCAAUCAGCAACGAAUCUUGCGGCCCCUCGAGCAUAUCUGUCUCAAUAACCACCUCUCAACUCAAAACCCAUCACGAUGUUGCUCUUCAAGCCUCCGCCGUAUCAGGUGCACGAAUCUUUCGACGCGCUUCAGACUUCACCUACAAGCCAACGCAAUCAGCAGUUACUUCAUCUUGCGCCUCCCUCAAAGAUUAUCUCUUCCUCUUCGGCCUGCCCUCUACCACGACCACGUUGGCGGUACCUCUUGUUUUUCACACUUGCUAGCUUUAUAAUCUGGGUCACUGUCGUUUCGCCUCACAUCAGUAUCCAGUCUUGGAACGCGUCCACCACAUUGCUCCAGGACUCAGCUAUUGUCAACUGGGCAUCGAAAUCCUCAGCGGCGGCACUUGAUAUCAAAAACUGGUUGAGACCCAACUCUGUGGAUACUUCCCACCGCUCAGACUACCACGACCUCGAUGCCGACAUCCUAACUCCGUUGAAAACCAAUCCCUUUUCGGAAGACAUCACUUCUCCCUCUAGGACUGCACCAACUUCGAGCUCCAAGAAGAUUUUGGGUGAAUCAUCGAGUCUGCUUCCGAUGUCUGAUAGAAUCCGGCCCAAGAAAAAACCAGCGCAGCGACGGCCCGAGCUACCCGCCUUCAAGCCACGUCCAGACAUUUCCUAUGAGAACGUCCGGCCGUCUCCUCAUGAGUUAACAGAAGAUCAAGCGACAUCUGAAAAUUCUCGCUUCUUUACUUAUCUUCCUCAUUCUGGGUUUCACAAUCAACGGAUCGAACUCCAAAAUGCUUUUCAGCUUGCUCGACUCCUAAACCGAACAUUGAUCUUGCCUCAGCUGAGACUCGGUCGAGCAUUGGCAUGGUCUGGCUCCGACGAGCUCAUCAAGACUUACGAGCGUGAAAUGAAGAAUUUUCAUUUCGAUUGCAUUGGCCACAAACUUUCCAGUGGCCAAUCUCCAAGCACACCAGAAGAAUGCCAGAAUUACUCAGAUUGGACCGCGGUACAAGUAGAUUACCUCAUGGAUGUGCAAGAGAUCGUCAAGCAACAGCCUGUGGUCGAUCAGCUUGAUGUCCGCGAAUCUUGGUUUUGGGACGCACUGCAACUCAACGAAGGAGAUUGGUAUAGCGUGCAAGACAACACGCGUUACAGUUAUCAAAUAUUUGAGUCAAAAUUGACGGCGAAGCCCUUGCAUGACAAAUACCAAUAUCGCCUGAAUGUUGAUGAUCUCAAAAGUUAUGGCCACGUAAAACUAUUGAGUGUUGGCUCCUUGUUCGGUAGCAAUAGAAUGAUCCUCGAGAGCCAGGAAGCGAACUCAUGGAAAAAAAAGCUAGCCGCCUCGCAGCUUCCUAGUGUACCAAUCCUUCGUUCAAUUUCGGACCAAGUCGCUCAACAGCUCGGAGGACGAGGCAAUUACAUCGGUUUGCACCUGCGAGUGGGAGAUCUGUACUUCAGGAGACAAGCCGCGAAAUCCAUGCCGAAAGUCUUUGAGAAACUGUGUUCAGAAGUUUUACACCUUAGCCAAGAGAAAAUCGAUCAGCUAGUACAUAGCCACGAGCAAUCCUUCACGUCGAAAAACGGUCAGAAACAUGAACCUCGGUCCUUCUUGGAAGUUCCCCGCGACUCAAAUCCCAAAAUUCAAGAUGAUAUUCAAGAAGAUCACUAUCAGUCUUGGAAUCAAUACGAAGAUGAAGAGGACGGUCUAAUCGCUCAAGCCGACUCUGUAACUGCUCCCUCACUCUCACAAGACAACAUAAAACUAGAGGUUCCACUUUCUCUUUCACCAGACCACUUGCCUCUAACUAGACGGAGCUCAAUCUACUCAGCCCACCGUGCCGGUGCAGUCGACAACAUGAAAUGUCGAGGACAGUUGUAUACUGACCCCGAGUUACAGCACCUCAACAUCCCAAUCUACAUCGCCACCGACGUCGCACAGCCUAUGGAUCACAUCCACCUUUCAAUAUUUUUCAAAUCCUUCCCUUGUGUCUUUACACUAUCUGAUCUCAUCUCUCCUGAAGCUGGAACCAACGUCAGAAAUCUAGAGAAUAUUCGAAGUGGGAAUGACGGACUUAAGCUCAAACACUUUUUAACUCCAAUGCUCGAUGCUAUCGUUGCUGCUAAAGACACCUCAGAUGCUGAUAUUCAAGCUGCUCCGGCGCGAAAGCUAUCUGGACCCGGCAUGUCUCGGAUACUUGUGCCCGAGGACACCCAGGGGCUCAAGCCCGAGCCAAUCAUAUUGGGCUGA